AUCUAUACAUUAUAUAGAGCAGAAAAAUGGAUUUAUGUGGGAAAGUAUUCACUGAAUAUGAAAUUGAAGCAUCUGCAGCUAAGUUCUAUAAUAUUUUUAGGAAGCAACUUCAACAUAUUCCUAACAUUUCCCCUGAAGUACAUGGAGCUAGAGUGAUUGAAGGUGACUGGGAAAAUGUUGGUUCUGUCAUACAAUGGGAAUAUACAAUAGAUGGAAGAGAAGAAAGUGCUAAAGAAAAAAUUGAUACUCUAGAUGAUGAGAAUAAGGUCAUCACAUAUAGUCUCUUUGAUGGGGAAGUGAGUGAGAAUUACAAGAGUUUAAAGGGAACAUUAGAAGUGAUGGAUGAGGAAUAUGGUGCACUUGUGAGAUGGAGUUUUGAGUAUGAGAAAGUAAAGGAGGAUAUUACAGGUGCAUUUCCUAAUUCAUACUUGGACCUUGUUUUAGAGGUCACAAAAGCUAUUGAGGCUCAUCUUGUCAAGGAAUAGAAGCAAAGAUGAAGUGUGUAUGGCUCGAGUUUUAUAGCUUGUCAAAUAAAAUUUGUUUCAUUAAAUUGUUUAAUAUAAGAGAAAUGUUAUCCGACAAAUAAUGUAACUACUGUAAUAAGAAGCAAAUCUUUUGUUACUUUUGUAUUUGAUUAGAGUACAUCUUUGGUCUUUAUAUAGAUUCAGAAACUUACAAUUAUUAGUAAAUACUAUUAAUAGGUCACUAUCUCUUGACCUU